GACGCAUGCGAUUUACUAGCCAUACAAAAUAAUCUUAAAAAAUAAUUUGUAAAAAAUGCAAAACAUUGAAUUAAAAAAAUCUCAAGGUAGCUUCAUCUGUGACAAUGAUAAAGCUGUACUUCGCACAAGAAUAGCAAUUUUUGGACUGCAAUCGCUGCAUUUGGUGUUUUUGGCGUUGUAUUUGUUGCCAAUCGAUUUCAGUGCCAGUGAUGAUCCCAGGAUAAAGGUUUAUAACAAUAGGAAGUUGAAACUUAUCACGUCAUGGGUAAAUGUGUCCAUGCUAUUCUACUACCCUAUCUGUCUGUACUGCGACUGCCGUCAGUACUGGGGGCAGGGGGCGUCCCACCACGUCAGGACGCUGAACAAACUGCGCCACACAGCCUUCAGCAACCUUCUGUAUCCCGCUACUAUGUUCGCCGACACUCUCUUCUGGCGGAUCUGGACGCGAGACCGCGAGCUGAUCUCUCCACCGGAGCUGGACGUCUACGUCCCAUACUGGACGUACCACAGCAUGCACACCGUGUCCCUCGCGGUGGUCCUGCUAGACCUAGCGCUGGUGCCGCGGACCAACCCGCCCAGCAAGGUACCGGGGCUGAAGAUAAUGACUGCGUAUAUUACUGCGUAUGUUACUAUGUUCAUCACAUCACUCCUGCGAGGGGACUCGAUCUAUCCGUUGUUCGAGAACAUAUCCUGUAUACGAAUAAUUUCAUUCAUAGUGUUGAUGUACGCGGAGAACCUCCUACAUUUUGUGCUGCAGUGGAUGUUCAUUGACCUGUGGUGGGGAAAGAGGAAACGUACAUACAAGUGAUUUUUUAGUUUUAA